GAACUAUUCUUUUUUUUUGGGGGUUUGUUUGGGCACAACAACUGUGAGAAUAAUAAAUUAAUGGCAGCAUUAGGGGGUAAAUGAAUGGAAGGACAGAGCAGUUGGAUUUGAUACAGCCAUGUCGCAGCGUCAGGACGAAAUUGAUUAUCAGCCAGUGGCAACGACUGGUGAAGACCAAGGACAUUCCUCAUCGUCAUCUUGUUGUAGACGACCAAAUUGCUUGAUAAAAGCCAGGGAAAUGGAAAAAGGACAUGGUAUAUGCUGUUGCACUCAUGGCUACAUGAUACCUAUAUUUAUCCUAUUUGUCCUGGUUCUGGUUAUUCUUCUCUUGCCUUGGAACACCUUUCAUAGACGCGAGGAGCAGGCGAAUCACGCUGUGGCCACACCGUUACCCUGCCAAAUGCAAUUGGUAGAAAGCUUACCCAUUGGCCUGAAUUUUUCGGAUGAUAGUCCAAGUUUUCUGACUACUUUUGAAGCAUUUCAGUGGUUGAUAAGCAACGCGAAGAUAAGUCUGGACAUAGCUGCGCCCUAUUGGACAUUGCGGGGCGUAGACAUUAAUGAUAGCAGCACUCAGCAAGGAGAACAUCUCUUCCAGCGUCUUUUAGCCAACGGAGAUACUGGCAAACCAAAGAUACGCCUUAGGAUUGCCCUAAAUAGCAAUCAAGAAAGUUUUUGGUAUGCAGACGCCCGAAUAUUGGCAAACUAUGGAGCUGCCGAUGUAGUCGCUGUUAACCAAAUGAAUUCAAAACUUUUGAUAGCCGAUAACCAGCAUUUCUAUAUAGGUAGCUCAACUAUGGAUUUUCGGUCAUUCACCCAGGUUAAAGAAUUGGGGGUCUUGGCCAAAAACUGUCCGCAUUUAACUCGUGAUGUGGUCAAAAUCUUUAAGGCAUAUUGGCAUGUGGGAAGCGGCAAUGAGAUUCCUAGUUUCUGGCCCUGGACCUAUGAUUCCCAUUUCAAUCGCAAACACCCCAUUUUGUUAAAUGUGAGUAAUAAAUACACUAUGAAAGCGUUUGUGAGCACCUCCCCUCCAUCGCUAACUGCCACAGGACGAAGCCAAGAACUGGAGGCCGUCCUUAAUACCAUCGACACGGCUUCUUCCUACAUAUACAUAGCGCUUAGGGAUUAUUUGCCAUUACUAAGAAUGGAAAAUAAAACUAAAUAUUGGCCCGAUAUAGAUAAUGCAUUGCGAAAAGCUGCUGUGGAUCGAAAAGUUGUAAUAAAGUUGCUAAUCUCUUGGUGGAAGCAUUCGGAACCAAGUGAGGAACACUUUUUAAGGUCUCUUCAGGAUCUCAAUCAUUUGGAUGAAAAUGUUGACAUACAAAUUCGUCGUUUUGUUGUGCCGUCAAAUGAUGAUUUAGAUCGUAUCCCAUAUUCGCGAUUCAAUUAUAAUUCCUAUAUGGUCACUGAAAAUCAAGCCUAUAUUGGGUCAUCCACCUGGUCAGGAGAGUUUUUUAUUCAGUCAACAGGUGUGGGUCUUUUCCUAAUGGAUAACUUUGAUAAUAUUAAUGGAAGUUUGAGAAUUGAUUUAUUUAAUGUGUUUAAAAGAGACUGGUUUAGCUCCUAUGCAUUAGCCUUAAAACCGAAUUUGCAAAUUUGAAUUUGAUU